UGUGCCGUCCUCUGACAGCAUCACUGAGCCUGCUACCUCCAGGGCUGGCUGCCGCCGCCGCCGCCGCCGCCUGCCUAGUCCUUAAAUGAAGGCUGCGAGGCACAGGAUAGUAGCAGUGGCGAAAUGCCUGGAGCUGGCCGCGGGCUGCAGUGAUGUUGCACUGGAAUGAGGAAGUGGAGUGGAGAGGGGAGGGACCGAGAGCGGAGCUGCCUCCUGCCGCCGCGGCUCUGCUGCGAGGUGGAGCAGCAGCACAUGGAGCUGGAGAGGACUGGGAGAGCUGUCUUCUGCCAGCCUCGGCCAAAGCAGAUAACCUGAGGAAAAUGGAAACCGAUGAGGCUCAGGACAUGUCCCAAGUUUCAGGAAAGGAAAGUCCUUCAGUAAGUGAUGUACCUGAUGAUUCAGAUGAACCUAUGCCUGUACCAGAAGAUCUUUCUACCACUUCAGGAGGACAGCAGAAUUCUAAGAAUGAAAGAGUUUUGGUUACAUAUGGGGCUGAAGGCUUUAGGGAUUUUCACGCAUUAAUUCCAAAAUCUUAUUCUCCCAGUAAUGUUAAAGUAGAGACUCAGAGUGAUGAAGAGAAUGGGCGUGCCUGUGAAAUGAAUGGGGAAGAAUGUGCGGAGGAUUUACGAAUGCUUGAUGCCUCGGGAGAGAAAAUGAAUGGUUCACACAAUGGCCAAGGCAGCAAAGCUUUGUCAGGAGUUGGAGGCAUUCGACUUCCUAACGGAAAGCUAAAAUGUGAUAUCUGUGGGAUCAUUUGCAUCGGUCCCAAUGUGCUCAUGGUUCACAAAAGAAGCCACACUGGAGAACGCCCUUUCCAGUGCAAUCAGUGUGGUGCCUCUUUUACUCAGAAAGGCAACCUCCUCCGUCAUAUCAAGUUGCAUUCUGGUGAAAAGCCCUUCAAGUGUCAUCUGUGUAACUAUGCAUGCCGCAGGAGGGAUGCCCUCACAGGUCACCUGAGGACUCAUUCGGUUGGUAAACCUCACAAAUGUGGAUAUUGUGGCCGAAGCUAUAAACAGCGAAGCUCUUUAGAGGAACAUAAAGAGCGUUGCCACAACUACUUACAAAGCAUGGGCCUCCCAGACACUCUGUACCCAGUCAUUAAAGAAGAAACCAACCAUAGUGAAAUGGCUGAAGAUUUGUGCAAGAUCGGAUCUGAGAGAUCCCUCGUGCUGGAUAGACUAGCAAGUAACGUCGCCAAACGUAAGAGCUCUAUGCCUCAGAAAUUUGUGGGUGAGAAAUGUUUGUCAGAUCUCCCAUAUGAUGCCAGCACCAAUUAUGAGAAGGAGAAUGAAAUGAUGCAGACCCAUGUCAUGGAUCAGGCCAUCAACAAUGCCAUUAGCUACCUAGGGGCCGAAUCAUUGCGCCCACUGGUGCAGACGCCCCCGGGCUCCGAGGUUGUACCGGUCAUCAGCUCCAUGUACCAGCUCCACAAGCCCCAUGCAGAUGGCCACCCACGCCCUAACCACACAGCCCAGGACAGUGCCGUGGAAAAUCUAUUGCUCCUUUCUAAGGCUAAAUCCAUCUCCUCCGAAAGGGAUGCCUCCCCAAGCAACAGCUGCCAAGACUCCACAGACACAGAGAGUAAUAACGAGGAACGGAGUGGCCUCAUUUACCUGACAAACCACAUAAACCAACAUGCCAGAAAUGGUUUGUCCAUAAAAGAAGAGCAUAGGCCCUAUGACGUCCUGAGGGCAGCAACUGACAAUUCCCAAGACGCUUUCAAAGUGAUCAGCAGCAGUGGGGAGCCAUUGAAGGUGUAUAAAUGUGAACACUGCAGGGUCCUCUUUUUGGACCAUGUGAUGUAUACGAUCCACAUGGGUUGCCAUGGCUUCCGUGAUCCUUUUGAAUGCAACAUGUGUGGCUAUCACAGUCAGGACAGGUAUGAAUUCUCCUCUCACAUAACACGAGGGGAGCACCGUUACCACAUGAGUUAAAACUCCCUUCUUUGCUAAUAUAACCUUGAGUGGUCUAUGCCUAGAGUUGCAUGAACAUCCACACACACGUGAAACAAAAAACAAACUAAAAAAGGUAUCAGGAGAAAAAGGAAUCAGAUGCCUGUUUUCUUCCUUUCUGGAGCAUGUAUUGGAUGGUUGUACAAUUGCAACUCAUUUUUUCUUUCUUUUUUUUUUUUAAGAGAGCAAUGAGAUUUUUAUUGUUAGUUGCAGAGUUGAAUUUUAGAGCAUAAAAAAUUAUUAGUUAAUGUAACUAGGAGCUUUGUAGACUACUAGAUCAGACUCUCCCCCUUCAUCUUUUGCUUCUUGUAAGCGUUCCUUCCCCCAAAAGCUAAUUUCAUAGAAAACCCAUACAAAAAAGGCCAAGGGUUGGAAGAGUCCACGUCUACUUGUGACCCUUUGCUAAGACUCAGAUUCUCACAUCAGGUGGAUUCUGUGACUUUCCGUGAAUAGUCUGUACACAAGAAGAUGUGUGGCUAUCUUAAAGAGAAAUAGGAGUAAAAUGAUGUUGAAAAGAUUAGGACAGAAUCAGAGGUACCCUUUGGGACUCAUCUGGGAUAGAAGGAUUAUGAGGCCCCAGAACUCUUGUUUCCAAGGACUGAUAUGUUUCCUUCUUGCUGUGUGGGAGUGUGUGUGUGUGUGUUUUAAAGAAAAUGUUAUUUGGAAUCAUUAUCUGUAUAGGAAAAUAUCCAGUUUGUUUAGAAAAGGUAAUUCCAGGAGAAAAACCUAAGCUGACAAUGAAGAGAUGCUUAAUUAGGAGAAUCUUUUUUAUAUGGUCUGUUUGAUUUCGAGGACCUUUUCACAAUGCCUCUAGAACCUUCAAGGAUAUUGCCGAAACUUUUUCCAGUCAUAUGGGGCCAAAUAUUCCUGGUGCAUAGUCACAUUUAAACAUUCUUCUCCAUUUGUUCACAUGGAAUUUCUUUACAAGCACUAGAGGUUUUAUUUUAAGCUACUGGUUCCCAUACAUGACCUCCAAUCAUUUUUUGCAAACCCUACCCCCUACAGAGAAAUUCAGGUCCCUUUGAAAUAUUUUACUCUACCUGACACUGCAUUGGUAUUUUUGCUGAUGAGGAUUGACUUUUGCCAUUGCAGAUGGACACCUUCUCCACAAUUUAGAGUCUUAAAGAGCUGCCUGGGGCACUGAGAAAUUAAGUUAUUUUUUCAGGAUUACACGGACAGUAUGUGUCAGAGAUGAGACUCAAAACCACAUCUUCCUGAUGACAGAGCCAUUCUCUAUCCAUUACACCACACUGCCUCUCUAAAUAUUUAUUUUCUUGAAGGCCAAAAUUUCAUGCCAAACUUCUUUAAUUGACAUCUCUUACCAUAAAUAUCUUCUUUAAAAUUUAAUCCAGUUCUUUAAUAAACAGACAUGUAUAUGAACCAUCCCACCCCAUCCCUUUCUCUGUCUUAAAUCCUUGUGACUGGAAAAUCCAUUCCACUAGAAUAUGGUCCUACGAGUUUGUCCAUGAGUAAAUGUGAUUUAUUAUUCUUUUGCACUAUUUCAGGCAUCAGAAGUUACUAGGAAAUAACAAUGCUAACUAUGUCAUAUGGCUGAAAUGGGAAUAUGUGUUCUUUAUAUCACAUAAGGGGCAUACAAGAGAGGUGUUAACAAAGAUGUCAGUAUCACUAUGAUCUAAUGAGUAUAUCCCAGAAGUACAUCCCAUAAUAGUGAGAUGAUUUUUUAAAAUAUUUACUUUGUAAAGACAAGAAGUAAAGGCUUUCUUUACAGCAGUCAGAUGACUAUUUCCACGUGAAUUUGUAUCAUUGUUUUAGGAAAAAUGUUUUCUUUUUUAAGUAUGCAUCUGGAGAAACAAUGAACAGUUCUCCACUAACACUGAGGCACAGAAGGGCAAAAAUGUUAAUAUAUUUACAUCUCUGCUCCACAUUAAUAGAGUUCUUGGCUAUUUCCAGAGUAUUCAGGGGGGAUGAGAAAGGAUCAUCACUAUUCUUUUCUCCAAGGUUUUGAAAGGUUUUGAAUUCCCCCACUCCACCUCAAUAGUCAGCCUUUGUCAGAUACCAACAAUAGGCCAUGUUCUCAAAGUAUGGUAUGACUGAUCUGAUCUGAGAUGUGCUGGGUUUGUAAUGAUUCUUUAAAUAUGGGAUUCCUUUAGCAUUCCUACAACUAUUCCUAUUUAUGGAUAGUUGGGUCUUACUGAUACACCCAUGAAUUAGUACAGGCAAGGUGUUUCUUUGCCCCCGCCCCCAAAUUUUCAUAUUUUCUGAGACAGGAUUGACAUUUAAACACUGGAAAUAAAUAAAAUGGAAAUUUGACAUGUACUGCAGAGGAUACUUCAAAGCUGAGGAAAGAAUAGGCAAAACCUGUCCUAUCUUUUUAUUUCACCACUUCUUCUCUUUUUUAUCCAUUUGACAAAUGGAAGAUUUUGACAAAUGGAAGUUAAAAUUCUAUAUGGAACUUUAAAAAAAAAAGAGGAUAGACCUUAUUGAAAGUAAAUGCUUACAGAGAACAGAAGUUCAGGGCAAUGUACUUUCAUACUUUUUCAUCCAUCUCAUAAAAAGAGUGAAGUCUAAUUUAUGCAAUUUGUUUUAACCAGUGACAUUCCAAACAACUCUACCCAGCACUGUAUAUAGCCGCUCCUGAAGGAGUGUUUUUCUGAAACUCUUAUCCUACUUUCUUCUUGCCUUUUAUAGCCAGUAUAAACUUAUAUUUACACAUCCUUUUGCUGUGAUUUUAUAUUGUAACACCAUUCUUCCUCUUUCAACUAUUGUAGAUUUCAUAAAAUGUCAACAUGUAAUUAAAUUAUGUUUGAUAUGUGCCCACAUUCUGUAUCAGGAGUUUUCUUCUCAUUGGUGAAAGUAGAAUUCUGCAUGGUUUUACACUUUUCUGCUCUGUGCUUCCUUUUGUUUUAUGUGAUGAUAUGCCUGUGUGAUGUUUGGGGUACACCCAUGUGAGAGAAGUGUACCUAGCUGUGUUCCCAUUUGGGAGUGGAGAGGUUCCACAUGCUCUCACAUUGCACUUAAAAUGCAUAUAGGCAUUAAGAGGAUUAAGAAUAACUUGUUGACCUGUCUUUCACAAAUCAAAAUUACCAUUUCACAUACCUACCCCCUCCCAUAGCUUAUACCCUUAAAAACCAGGAUCUUUAUUUAUCUCACACUGUAUUUUCCUCUUUUUCCAUUGGCAAAAAUAGCAUUUAAAAGUGUAGAACUGUCCUACUCUUUUAGGAGGAGUCAAGAUGAUUAGAAACACAACCCAUCCUCAGUUAUUUUCAUUAUUAUUUACUAUCACUGAAUUCCUGUCCAGACUCUUUCUGAUCUCCAGGGCACACUACAAAUAGAUGCCAGUUUUCUCUGAGUUAAAAGUCAGAACAAUUGCAAAUUAUAAUCUCUUAUACUUCUAGAAACUCUUCUACUUGGCACAAAGUUGUUUUAUUUGUGAGGAGGGGUUUUGUAACUUUUCUGAUUUGGAUUGGUUUGGUUUUCAAGUUUGGGUUACAACCAUAAAUCUAUAAAAUAUAAAAUAAGUGAUGAAACAGACAUCAACAACCGAAGAGGCAACAUGUCCUACAGUUCUUCAUCCAUCAAUUUCAGCAAUAAAAAAGGGUCAACAGUUCAAAAUAAUUCUAAAUUUUCUUCGUUGAUGUAAAUUGUGAUGCUUUUGUUCAUAUGUUUUGUUCAUUUUAAAAAAUUAUUUUUUACUCAUUAUGAGCCAAAAUUAGAUGUAUUUAAAAUGUAUAGGUAUCAAUAAAAGAAAGUGCAUAUGCUGUUUAAGAAAGAGCAGUACUGUGAAAAAUGUCUGGUCAGAUCUGAAAUAUGCAGUAUGGUUUUAGA